AUGGGACUGCUCACCGUGAUAAGGAAACAGAAGAUGAAGGACAGGGAGCUUCGCGUGUUGCUUUUAGGGCUCGACAAUGCAGGCAAGUCCACCAUCGUGAAGAGGAUACUGAACCAGCCCACGGCGUCGCUGACGCCGACCAUGGGGUUCGAGAUCACGAGCGUGUCGUUUGGAGAGCACAAUCUGAACAUUUGGGACGUUGGUGGGCAGCAGACCCUACGGUCGUUCUGGUUCAACUACUUCGAUCAACUAGAUGCGCUUGUGUGGGUCAUCGACGCCAGCCAGCUCGACAGACUACAUGAGGUCUUCAGAGAGCUCUACACGGUGCUACAGAACGAAAGGGUCCAUGGCGUCAAACUGCUCAUCUUGCUCAACAAGAUCGACCUCGUCAACACAGGCCUUGAAGAUCUGACAUCGACAGUUAUCAAGGAGUUAGAACUCGACUCGUACGGGCCGCGCGAGGAGAAGUGGCAAAUCAUCCAGUGCAGUGCCAUCACCGGGGAGGGCAUACACCAGGGCCUGGAGUGGCUUACCUCAUGA